AGGGACUCACCAAUCUGCAGGCUGUGGGGCUGGGAUAAGGGGCGCCCUUCGGCCAAUGCAAAUACCCCUCCCCGCACCCGCGAGCCCCUCUGCCCUUGGAUGCAUGUGGCGAUCAAUGCAGCUGCAGCGAACCCUAAAGGCUGAAGCUGCAUAUUCAAAAUUCUAAACAUGCCUUUGGUCAAGACCACAGCCCCGUUCACUGCCAGCCCCUGCAGAUUCCACUGAGCCGCCAGGCUCCUGAGCCAACUCGUCUCUGUCCUCUCAGCGACCCAAACAGCGCGGCCUACAGCUCUGCUAUUAAAACUAGCCAGCAGGAGGGGGGGAAAAUGAAUGAGGUAAAAGAAUGUCUGAGAAACAUAGAACAGACUUACAAGAUCUUCCAGCAACAGCAGUUUACAUUUAUUGCAGCACUGGAACACACCCGAGAGGAUGCACAUGACAAGAUCAGGCCUGUAGCAAGUAUUGGACAGGUGCAGGCAUACAUGGAUCAUCACUGUAACAACAGUACCGACAGACGCAUCCUUCUCAUGUUCUUGAACAUCUGUAGUGAACUGAGCAAACUCUGCCAAAAGCUAGAAGCCCUGCAUCCUGGUACCAGUGUAACGAACAAUAUUUUGGAGAAAUGCAAGCUGCUUGUUAGCCCCAGCAAUGACCUGAGCACCAUCCGAGCCAAGUACCCUCAUGAUGUGGUGAAUCACCUGAGCUGCGAUGAAGCAAAGAACCACUACGGAGGUGUGGUGAGCCUCAUACCCAUAGUGCUGGACUGCAUGAAAGCAUGGGUGGCGCACAGUGAGAAGUUGCCUCGGAACUUCCUGCAUAACGUGAGUGAUGGAAAUGCUGACUCUCAGAAGAGAACACAGCAGGAUGUGUCAGCAAAGGCAUCUACUCCCCUAGGCCCACAUCCUGCUACCCUCACUACUGCUACUCAGACCUUGGUUAGUUACAAAGACUAUUCACGAGAGCAGAACAGUAAAUAUGGUAAAAAAAAUCAUCUGACUGGCACAGGGAGAAACACUUGGAAAUAUCUCAAUGGUCCCUGGAAGCCACCUGGGAAACACUCCUUUUAGAAGGACCAAAGCUCAUACAUCUUUUGGAUAGAUGUGGCUGGUUAUUAAAUAUGGUCUCCAGUAUUCACUUCAGUUGUUCCCUCCCGUCUUGACCCAAGUUCUAAAUAUAUAUAUGUGUAGACCCUAUGUCUCCAAAAGCAGAUAAAUCUAGAUCUUAUCAGAUGCCCUUCUACGGAGAUCCAGAAAAAAAAAAGUGGGAACAGGGGUAGUGUAUGUCACAUGUAUUCCUCCUUGACAGGUCUACUGGGGAGGGCAGAAGAUGGAGUUAGAACUAAUCAGAUUCUGGUCUCUCACCAAUGCUGUGUCUUGGGCAAGUCACUUGAAGUCCAAUUCUAUGACUUCCUAUCUGAUUUUUUCAGGUUACAGGUUGCUCAGAUUCACUGCUGUAAAUAGCCUAGGAUCUGAAAUCUAAGCUGGGUGCAUUGCAUCCCACACCAAUAUCAGUAAUAAAGACUGAGCCAAAAUUUGUCUUCAUUUAUAGCUGUCAACCCCUUCACUCUCCAUGGGGUUGCACAGGUGUAAGGGAGGACAGAAUUUGGCCCUGUAGUUGAAAUUUGAUUAAUUGACACUGUGUGGAUUAAUAGAAUCCAGCUCACUCUCCCAGAGCUGUUUUGGCUCUGCAGGGCUAACAAGAGGAAAAAUCCAGGGAGCAAAUCUACUGAGGAAGAGGUGACCAUUCUCAGACACAGCCUCUUUUCAAAGUAGAAUUGCACUUGAAGGUCUCUAUGCCUCUGCUUUCCCUUGGGUACAUCUUACCUACCUCACAGAAGUGUUUGAUGCUUAGGUCAUUAACAGCUGUAGGGCAUUUGAGAUCAGCUGAUGGAGCAUGCAUAGAAAAGUGCAAAGUAUUUUUAAAUCAUUGCCUUCCUGUAGAGUCUCUGAAGCCAGCUAGCUACCUUACCAGGACUGGGUUAUGAAAGCCAGUCCACCUGUAGGCUCUCUUCCCAUAGUUAUCACUUAGAGCUGAUUUGUAUCAUUUGUGAUGCUUUAUGGAAGCAUUAUUAACUAAGCUCUUAACAAGAUCUUGAUAGUCUGAUGUAUUUCCCUGUAUCUGAUUGCUCUUUUCCCCUUCCACAGGCAAGUUAGCUCCUGUUCUUUUGCCUCCUGCAUGAAGACACUCCUGAAUAAACAUUUCCCAUGCAUUCAUGACUGUAUUUGCUAAAAUUUUGGGGGUGCUAUUAUCUUAAGGUGACCAGAUUUUUGAAACAAGUAUCAACUGAGAUGGGAGGGUUGAGCAAACAAGGAAGUGCAGGAGGGAAUGGCAGUUCAGAAGGACAGGAAGUAUUUACAGGUGAACUUUCACUGCUUCUACCUCCCCCUCUAUGUAUUUGUUCUCAUUCUCUUCCCCCACCACUCAUACACUUUUCCAUAAGAUGUAUAGGAAUCAUUGCACUAACCCUCCGCUCUGGGACAGACAUGAUUUCUUCAGCAAACUUCAUAAUUAUUUUUAAGCGAUCCUAUUCAGUUGAAACUACUGGGGAAUUCAAACAGAUUUAAGAUUGUGGGGCUGUUUAAGACAUAGUUGCUAGUAGGAUUUCAGGUAGAAAAAAGCCACCCCUUCUGUGGAAGGCUUUAUUUCAUAGCUGUAUAUGGAGGCGGCUUUAGAGAGAAAAAUUAGUCACUAAUAGCAUCUAAAUACUUCAAAUCAAGUUUCAGGCCUGACUGUGCAAGGCACCGUACAGACAAGUUAACAGGUAAAACGCUCUUUGGGACAGGAACUGUUAAGCAGGAACUGUGGCCUAUUGGUUAGACUAUGGGCCUGAAGGUUAAAACUUCCAGGUGCUAUUCCCACCUCUGCUACUGACUCAUUGAAUAACCUUAGGUAAAAGGUCAUCUAACCUCUGUGGCUUAAUUUCCCAAUCUGAACAUGAGGAGGAUACCUACUGCGCAGCAGAGGGGCUGGGAAGCUUAUUGUUUGUAAAAGCACCUUUUAAAAUCCUUAGGCGAAAGGGGCUAUAACAAGGGUAAUUUUUACCUGCUAAAAAUCAGUUUCUCCAAGGCCUUUGCUCUGUCAGCCCAGACAGUGGGUGUAAGUCCUACCAGCAGCAAAGGAAAACUCCCGGAGGGAUAUCACUCCUCCCAUGGAGAAGGCUGUCUGAGCAUGGCCAAUCUGAGACUUCUAGAGCUCUGAAAGUAAAUCUGCAACGAAUAUCCUGAGUGUCUCCAGAUCUACAUACACAAAAAACA